AUGACCUCUUUUGCAGAAAAGGCGCACGAAAACUUGGUGGUCGUACGCGACUCCUCCAUCGUUUCCCCCGAGUUCGGCACGCAGGCCAAUCCUAUCGUCAUCGGAGAUGAUCUUGCUCCAUUGGACUCGGCUUCCAAUCCCAUCGUGAUAUAUGUGGACGAGGACCACUUUGGCUCCGAUGUCGACACUGAGAUCAUAACUACACCGGAAUUCUGGGAGACGUUGAUCAGUGGAGACUUCGCCAUCCCUGCAGACGAAGGUGAAGCUAUUGUCCUCUAUGAGAAUCCAGAAGACCUUCAAUCAUCCAAGCAAUCAUCCCUGGACUGUUUUCACUUGGAUAACAAGGCACUGAAAGUGGCGGAGAGUUCGUUCUACACGCUGCAGAAUUGUUCUGGUCUUGUGGCCGCAAGCAGCGAAAAGCGCGCAAAGUAUGGAGAAAGGCAAGGGUUUGAGGCCGAGGAACCCAGGGAGGCUCGCCACUCGCCUGAAGCUUCGAUGAUGACCCGGACCGCCGUUCCACAAGAAACAACAGACUAA